AUGACGACUCUCCAGGCACUGCUCGGGGGCGCCAUCGACCAGAAGCUGGUCUGGGACCGAGGAUUCACGCCGCAGGGCGGGGCGCUCCUCGGGGCCGCGCUCUACUGCGCGCUCCUGCCCGGAGAGCUGUGGUACGUCCUCUGCGCCUUCGCCGGGGUCGGCACGGCGGCGGACUUCCUCGCCGCGUGGGCCCACGGAAGCCCCUCGGCCCGGCCGAAGGGCGCGGCGCGGCCGCCGAAGGCAAAAGCGCCGCCGGGCGCGGGCCCGCGCGCGCAGGUGGAGGAGAGCUCACGCGGAGGGCCGUCCAGGCGGUGGCCGGCUCCAGGGACGGCGCCGGGGCGUGCGCGGCGAGGGGCCCAGCGGCCGGCGCGGCUGUCUCCUCACGGGGUUGCCCGGGAGGGGUUGCCCGCGGGCGCGGCCCGUCGUCCUCGGGCAUCGUGA